AUGGGUAUUAAGAAUCUGAUGAAAUGGAUAGAACAAGUUGCUCCAGAGGCAAUUAAAACAAUCAAGUUGGAGUCAUUGUUUGGCAGAAAAAUAGCUAUUGAUGCUUCGUUAUCAAUUUAUCAAUUUCUCGUUUCUGUUAGACACACUGGACAGCAGCUCGUUGACUCUGAAGGCAAUACUACAUCUCAUCUUCAAGGUGUAUUGAGUCGAACAGUUCGACUUAUUGAAAGUGGUGUGAAACCAGUUUACGUAUUUGAUGGAAAGCCGCCAGAGAUGAAAGGCGCUGAAUUGGCAAAGCGUCUUGAACGUCGUGAGGAAGCUCAAAAGGAACUUGAAAAGGCAAUCGAAUCUGGGGAUCAAGAAGCAAUUGAUAAGUUUUCCAGGAGAACGGUACACCUUGAUAAAACUCAAGUUGAAGAAUGCAAGCAGCUUUUGGAAUGUCUUGGAGUUCCUUACGUGGAUGCUCCUUGCGAAGCUGAAGCGGAAUGCGCAGCAUUAAAUAAAGCAGGACUUGUUGAUGCAAUGGCUACAGAAGAUAUGGACUCACUUGCUUUUGCAACGCCACAACUUAUUAGACAUUUGUCAUAUGGUGCAAAAGGUGAUGAUUUACUUCAAAUUGACUAUAAGAUUAUGAUGGAAAAAUCAGGACUCACUCGGGAAGAAUUUGUGGAUUUUUGCAUUUUAAUGGGUUGUGACUACUGUGACACCAUUAAAGGCAUUGGAAAAAAGCAUGCUUAUGAAUUAAUCAAAAAAUAUCAUAACAUCGAGACAAUUAUCAAAAAUCUUGAUAAAAAAUAUGAAUUGCCUGAGGAUUUUGACUAUGUUAGGGCCAGAGAACUUUUCUUCAAUCAUGAAGUUACAACAGAUGUCAAUCUCACAUGGAAAAAGCCUGAUGUUGAAAAAGUCAAAGAAUUUUUAUGUGGUUCCAGAAUGUUCGCAGAAAGUCGAGUUGAAGCUGCAUGUGCUAAGAUUGUUAAAGCACGUGGAAAAGGAACUCAGAUGAGAAUGGAUAAUUUCUUUAAGCCGGCACCUUCUAAGCCAUCUGGAGAAGAUACAAAGAAGAAAAAGCCAGAGAAAACUCCACCCAAAAAGAAAAAGUAA